ACUUUAUGAAGAAGAAAUUGCCAAACUUCAUGAAGACCCGGAAAAUCUGGAUGCCGAUGGAACAUUGCUUAGUGAUGUUAUCGAGGAUUAUAAUAAGGGAUUCGCGAAUAAUAUUUUUAAUUCGGUCAAACAUCUCAAAUCAUCACCAUUAGAAUGGAAUAGGGAAUUAUACUUUGAAGAUUUUAUCUCAGUAAUUUGUUCAAAUGAACCGGGUUAUAAGAAGACAAAGAAAACUCAAAUCAUGUCGCUUAUUUUCAAAUGGCUACUUGGGCUCGAAAAAGUUUUGAAUCCAAUACUCUUACACAUUUUCUGGUGGAAUAAUUCGAGCAAUAUUCUUGUGAAGUUUCAAUUAGCACAAAUGUGUUCAAAUGUUAGUAAAAUGAUUGAACCGGGGGAUCACCAUUUUGAAAAUUUUCUUGUAUAUGAAAUAGCUGAACAAAAGUUAUAUGAACUUGAAUCGAUAGAAAUUAAUCAACUACCAGAAUGGCAGCAUGAGGCAACCAAAAUUAUAUCACUUUGUACAAAACUCACAAAAGCUUCUGAUUUAGAGUCUUUUCAUCUCUUGCAAAUAUGUAGUGAUUUAAUAUGCACUGAUCUAAUUUCAUUAGAAGCCAUUAAAGAAAUUGUGAAAGUGGCAUAUUCAGGGGAAGCGCAACAAAUUUUCACUAGUAAAUUUGUCAAAACAGGUUUCCAAAUCCUAGAUGGAGUUAAAGAUUAUGUUCCAAGGAAAUUAUUUAUGAUUAAAUGUCUUGAUAUUCUCCCAAAAACUUCGAAUAUACGUUUAGACCUUUACAACAAAUUGUUCUCAAAAGACCCUUUUCCACUUAUGUCAAUAAUAAUUCAUAAAAUCUUUCAACAAGAAGAUGAGAAAAAUAAAGAUAUAUUCUUCCAAUUACUUAAAAUGCCUAAAACUGUUCGGACACUCUCUCCAAGGUUGAAUGUUAUUAAUAAUUGCUUAUCAAAUAGUGGACUUGGAUCUUUAAUGGCAACUUUAUGUUGCGAUGUUUUGCAAAAAUCAAUUUUCUCAAAUUCAUUUCUUAAGGAAUUUGUUCGUCGAUUCUGGGAAUACACUAAUAGCGACAAUAGCAUUUCGGACCCUAUAGAAAUUAAUAAUUCGCAAUUGGGAGAUAUUGAUAUAUCCGAGUUAACCAAUCGACUUAAUUACGAUAUGGAAGUAAAUAAGCAAGUUCCACUGAUCCAUUCUCUUAGAAUAUAUUUUUUGCGUGCUUUGCGGCGAUGUUGUGAAUUCUCCUUGGAUGAUGUAAAACGAUUUUGUAAAUCUCAGGAAUACACAUUACCUUGGUUAGCAAAUUUAUCAUGGGAAGAUAAUAAUCAAGCAAAUAGGUUCCCUUUUAAUCCAUAUAGAUUGAUAGAAGAUUAUAAUAAUUUAGAGACUACAUUUGCAUCUCUUCACAACUUUAACAAUAAAGGGCCGUUUGAAAAGAACUUCAUUGCAAAGUUUAAAAAGAAGAAUUCAAAUCUAUCACAUUUAGCAUUAAUGGGAUUAAUAUUUAGCAGAUUGCACGCAAUCAGAGCUUCACGCGGAUGGUCAGAAAAUGAAACUUCAACAGCAUUAACUUUACAAGAAAGUGUUGAAAGUGUUGACCAUCUUUCAACAAUCUAUAAAACCACCAUCAGAAAUCUCAUCUCUAAUGAACAUAUACUUUUGAGAUUGACUGAAGAUAUUAAUAAUCAAGAUUUAUUGAUUAAAUCUGUUAUUGGACAUAUAAUUGCAUUAAAUGCGUCUAUUCGUCAUGAUUCGUCACCUCUUGCUAAUUUAUUACAGAACUUACAUUAUUGUACUGGAUUGUUUAUUCCAGCCACGCCUUCAGACGAACAAUCCAUUAUUUUGAGUGCAGUUCUUCGAGGGGGUCAGAUAACUAGAUGUGGAUACAUGUAUGUUAUUGGAGAUUGCGGUUUUACAAACGGAACGGGAACAUGUCCUGAAUGUGGAAGGCAAAUAGGUGGUUUAAACCAUGUUGCGGCAGAAGGUCAAACAAAAAUGGAUAAUAAUCCGCUUAGAAUUCCAUUAAAUGCUAAACACCAGACUGGUUAUAUCGGAGAACCAAUAAACCAAGAACCAGCACAAUCAGUUAGAAUGAUGUCCCCGACUUCGUAUCGUAUCUUACAUUUAUUCGUUCAUGUGAUUAUCGGAGCUUGGGCACAUGCACCACUGGCAUUAAAUUUCUUGCAAAAAAAUAAUAAGAUAGCCGCUGAUGCUGGAAAGUAUUGCAUGGACCAUAUAAAGAAUGAUUGGAUGGUUCUAAGGAGGAUACUUAAUACUUCAGAUGAGAAUUUAGCGUUGGUUUUACAUUCAAUUUUGGAUUCGAUGGUUCAAAAACCAUGUAAAAUGGUUUCAUUAAAGACCUCAGCCGAACGAGAUGAAUGGGAAACAGAAUUUAAAGAUAAAUUUGUUGCCCCUCAAGUUAGAAAUAUCACUGGAACGGCAGUCAACUUCCAAAAUAAGCUUGCUGAAGCCGAUAAGUCUCAAGAUAACGUCAAUAUUAUCGAAGCAGAAAUAAAUCAAACAUUAGCAAUGGACAAUAAUUAUCAACUUGAACAUUUGCCAAAAAUGUGGAGAUUCAUAUCUGAUAUUAGUUAUCAAAGUCUUCAUGCUCAUUAUUUGAGUGAUGAAGAUAAGCAUUCUAAAAAAUAUCCGUUUUUGGCUCAAUUCUUUAAACAUUCUGAAAAACUAUCGUUGAUAAAGCACCUUUUACCGAUUGUAAGAUUUGUGCAAAUUUUAUCUUCAAGGUUAGAAUAUCGAUUAAGUAGGGAUGAGGCUGAGGAACAAACUUUUGGUGAAUUUAUUGAUAAUGAAGAAGGAGAAAUGGAAUUUGAAUAUUCAGACAAUAAUAUUUUGAGAUCAACGUUUGAAGAUUUUGCUGAAUCUUGGAAUGAAAUUAUUGAUAAAGUUAAAAAUUAUCAAUGUCAUGAGAUUCCAGAUCCCAAACCAAGGAUAAAUCUGGAUUCCCCUGUAGUCUUGGGAUUGAUCGAACCAAUUAACUCAGGUGUAUAUCUUUGCGCAAUUUUAGAAUAUCUUAUUGGAUUACAAAAUGACUUUUUGGAAGAUGUUAUGGCAAUUCCUUAUGAAUCCUGGACUUCAUUAAAAUUUUUGGAUGAAGCUUCGCUUAACUUUAACGAAACAGUAACUUCAACUUCACAAACAGAAAAAACAUUACACCAUUAUAUUAGAUCCAUUCGUCUAGAAAAUGCUAAACCAGAUAAUUUUAUCAAUUAUGAAUGGAAUGACGAUCUUCUUCAAUAUAGUCAACGGAAUUUACAAAUGGGACGUGGAGAUGACGUUACAUUUGAUUUACAAAAAAUUGAAUUCGAACUUGCGCGUCAAUUAGUUUUUGGUAAAGUUCAUAUUAAUACAAUUGACGAAUCAAACUUAUAUCUAGAACAAUUUAAUUUCCAUUUAGAAUUAUUUAAGGGUUACAUGAGAAUUCUGAGUGAUAUCAAAGUAUUAAUCCCGCAAAAGCCUAUUUCGAAUUACAUGAAAUCAAACGUUAUUAAUUUAUCUACUACCUCUUCAUCUACAAAAAUAUCCUCAACCAUGGAUAAUUUAGAAUCGAUGUCAUAUGAAAGCGCAUCAAAAUUACUUUCAUGUUUGGAAAUUUUACUUUGCUUUGUAAAAAGAAAAUUAAUUAGUGAUUCCGAAAUUUUGAUUAGUGAAUUUGUAAAACAAUGGGCAAAACUUUCUGUUUUGGUUGAUAAUGAAUUGUUAAUGAAUAUCUUAAAAGUUGAUUUAAGGCUCAAAAAUGUCGUAGCUUUAUAUGAGCUUAUUGAAGAACAAGUUGCUAACAAAGUUAUUACGUAUGUCGAUGACAAAUAUGCAGAACCAUUAACAUCGGAUUUAGAGAAGGAAAUUUCCAAUGCACUUGAUUUUGAUAUUACUAAUGACGUUGAUUCUGAAGAAACUGAUUUAAAACCAAUGGAUGAUGAUAGCCUAAUUGUUGAGGAAAAUAAGAAAGUUAAGAAAAUCCCAGCAGAAGCAUUCGCUAGCACAUUAAAAAGAUUUAUUUUCAGAUAUCUAAUGAAAGAAUCAAUCAAAGAAGAUCAUCCAAUGUCGGUUUAUUUAACUGAUGGUUCAUUGAACUUGUGGCCAGCACACAUUUCAGAAGAAUUAGUCGAGGAAUUUUUCCCAGACAGUUUGAUUGCAUGCCAUUCUUUCGAAGCUUACCGAUUUGUUUUUGAAAAAGUUGAGGGAAUAAAACAAAUAUUGAACAAUCAAAACCAAAAUACUUCAAAACGUUUUCAAAGAAACAGAAAUCCCAAGCAUAAGGAACAAAAUGUUUCUCAUCAGAAUGUGGAUGGUCCUGACAAUAGCUCAUCAUCUAAUACAUCAUCUAAUAGAGGAUCUCAUAGUUCUAGAGGUAGUAAAGGGUUUCAUAAGGGACAUAACAAUGUUUCAAGAGGUCAGAAUCAAGGAAAUAGUAAUGCUUCAGGAGGUCGACGUCAUUCUGAAGAUGCCGAAUCUUCGACAAGAGGUCGACGUCAUUCUGAAGAUGCCGAAUCUUCGACAAGAGGGCGUGGUAAUCGAAGAAAACCAAAGAUUCAAGAUUUUAACAAACAUGAUGUGUUGUAA